AUGGCGAACAUCGUUGCUAGAUGCCACAAGCUUCUGGAGGGUGAAAUUCUCCGUCGCUCCUCACAGAUUGUUUCGGUCGUUGGUGAUCAAGCGUACAUUUUUGGUGGGGAACUGCGACCGCGUGAGCCUCGAGACAAUGAUGUCCACGCUGUUUCAUUGGGCAGCAGGAAUGUCAUGAUUACUACCGUGGCUGCAACAUCCCAAUCUCCCUCCCCACGUGUUGGGACUGCAGCUUGUACACUGAACGGGAAAGUCUAUCUAUUCUCUGGCCGAGGUGGUGUCGCGAUGGCACCUAUUGAGGAGCAAGGCGCGGUCUGGGAAUUUGACCCUACCGCAGCAAGUUGGUCACUCAUUUUGCCAUCGGAUGCGAAACCAAAGGCGUUCCCGGUCGCUCGCAGCUAUCACUGUAUGGCCAGUGACGGGGAAAAUACACUUUACCUGCAUGCGGGUUGCCCUGAAAAGGGAAGGUUAUCGGAUCUAUGGGCUUUUAACCUCUCCCAGAGAGACUGGACAGAACUUGCCCCAGCAUUUGAUCCUCCACGUGGUGGUACUUCGAUCGCCUUCACAGAUGGCAAGCUGUAUCGAAUGAAUGGAUUCGAUGGGAAUACUGAACAAGGGGGAAAUUUGGACAUAUACUCCCCGGAAACAAACUCUUGGGCUUCGCACGUUUAUUCACCCGAUAGCAAAGCAGGCCCGACACCGCGAAGCUUCAUUGGGUCACCAAGGAGCGGGAAAGAUGUUGAGUGA